AAUUUUGUAUGGCUGAGGAACAAGACACUCUCAGUGAAGUAUUCCUACUUUUGUUAAGAAUUUGUUUCACUUCCCUUGUGGCCUAACAGAGCCUCAAUAUGUUGAUCCUCAAGGCCUGGCUGCCUUAUGGAAAUUAACUUGGAAUUGGCAGGGCAGUUACUUUAUUGGCAUUAACUUAUGUGUUGUCUUUACUGACAAUGCAUCUUACAAUAGGUGUAUCUUGGAAAUGGAUUAAGUGAAAUGUGGCCCCACUGGCUACCUGAGGCCCAGAGUGUAGGAUUAGUUAAAAUGUUUCAAUUAUAGGCUAAUAUGAUGAGAAAUGUAAACUGGUUUUGGUUUGGAUUUAUGGCAGGGUGGUUGAUUAAAAAUCAGUAGUGUUUUUUUAAAUCAUGGCAAGCAGGAAACCUCAAUCUAAAUAUCUAUUUUAAUCUUGUUUUGUAUUUGUACUCUUUUUUGUUUUCCUAAAGAAAGAUUGAUUCUCAUUGGUUGCUAUUAAUGUUUAUUUGCAAUUAAAUAUAGUCUCUAGAUUGCUCUUGGUAUUUCUUGCUAACCAGGAAGAUAUGCUAUAUCUGUUCUCACAAUUUAAGCAAUUACAUAGCUUAACACUUAUUCAGAGCCUUAUUUUUUUUUACAUUUUUGUUGUAAAAUAAUGACGACAUUUCUUAUUUCCUUUAUUAAAUUUUUAGUUGUGACUUGUGUCAAGCUGCAUGGAUGGAAAUUGGAAUUCGAUUAAAAAUGUUGUCUGUGCUGGAUACAUUUAUUUUUUCAUAUAAAAACAAUAUUGCAUUUAAAACAACUGAUUAGAGGAAGUAUUGUCUGUAGCUAACAAAUUGAACUGAUUGUUUCUGGUCACCAUGUCCUUCAGUAUUUUUAGAAGUAGUAGAUCUGAUACUCCUGUUUUUUGUUCAUGAAUUUGAAGAGGAAAAGAAGCUUUUUUGCUUUUUCAACUCCCAAUUGGUAUCUCAGCUUUGAAUGAACUAGUUAUUGAAAUGAAGAGAAUAUUCUCUGCACCAGGAGAAGAGGCUACUGCUGUCAAAAGCUGCUUUUGCACUUCAACAAACUAGUUCCAGGAGCUUAGCCAGUGACUUCCAUCAGUCCAGUGAUUUAACUUUUAUUAUUAAAACUUUGGCAGCAAACAUGUAUUAUCUGAAUAUUUUCUUAUUCCAUUCAAAUCAUUUUAAUAGAUUUAAAAUAAAUUUAGGCUUUAAUGUGAAUUUCAUAAUUUCAAAUUUAUUGUAGUUUUUUAAAAGUGCAGUUUUGAAUUGGAUAUUUAUCCACUCUCUGAUUUAGACUUCCCUGCAGUGUUUGGAGGCCAAACUUUGCAGCAUAGUGCUACUGCAUGACAAUCAGUGGCUAUGGUGGAGGUUCAGCUAGAGCCAACACAUGUCUACCCUCCAGGUCUCUUGAUAGCUUUCAGUGCCUGUACUACUGUGCUUGUUGCUGUUCACCUCUUCGCUCUCAUGAUAAGUACCUGCAUUCUUCCAAAUAUAGAGGCUGUUAGUAAUGUGCACAAUCUCAACUCUGUAAAGGAGUCUCCGCAUGAGCGUAUGCACCGGCACAUUGAGCUCGCCUGGGCAUUUUCCACUGUCAUUGGGACUUUGCUCUUCCUUGCAGAGGUGGUGUUGCUGUGUUGGGUGAAAUUUCUUCCACUGAAGAGGCAUCCUCUUGUUUCAGUUCAUGACAACAAUUCUACCAUCACCCCAGGAGAGGCAGCAGCCAUUGCCUCAACAUCUAUUAUGGUUCCUUUUGGAUUGAUUUUCAUUGUGUUUGCAGUCCACUUCUAUAGGUCACUGGUGAGCCACAAAACAGACAGGCAAUUUCAAGAAUUGAAUGAACUUGCUGAGUUUGCACGACUCCAGGAUCAGCUGGACCACAGAGGAGACACCUUGCCACCUCCUGGCAGCCAUUUUGCAUAAAACUAUAUUUUGUAUAAAAUCCAUUUUUUGUUUCUGCCUUGCUAUGUUGACUCCCCUCUGCAUGAACUAGCUGGACUGUUGAUUGAUUUUAAAGAGAGAUUAAGUACUGUGCUAAUUUCUUACAGUAAAAAAAUACCAUGACAUCUUGGACAUCUGACAUCUGAAGAGACUGAUGUUGGGGUAUGGCUGCACUGAGCAUGCAUCUCUCAUCCUUCCUCUUAUCAUCUGGAUUAUUUCUUUUUAAUGUUGAUUGGUGAAUAUAUCAAUGCAUAAGAGGAGUUGAAUUUUAGUCCUCGGUAUAUGUUAGGUGUGGGAGGGAAGCCUUAGUUCUCUCUCUUUGGUGUUGGCUAGAAAGUAUUGCUGGUCCAAUACGUGUUGCAUGGCACAAUACAAAUUACUUGGGACAUGUAGUAAUUGCAUUUGGUGUCACUGCUAGUGCUGUGAUCUCUAAAAGUCUGAUGAAAGGUAAAAUUGAGAGCUUUUCCACCUUCCCUUUUCCCACUAGCUCCCCCAAUCAUGUUUUUCUGCCAAGUAAUUAUUACUUUACUAAUUUCUAUAGGGCCUUUUUCAUGGCAGCUAUAAAUUCUUACUCUCCAGAUACUCAUGACCAGUCCUAUUGUGAUGUGAUCUGAUCUGAUCUGCAUCUGUAGGACUGGGGCCCUAACUUUACUUUUCUUUUGGGAAGAAAAUACAGAGAAAAGCAAUACCUGCUUUAAUGUUCAUGGGAGCAGAUAUGUUAUCAGAAGUAAUAAAAUUGCCUGUUUUCAUUGAGGAAACAUUUUGAAAAGAAAAAAUAGAUGGAGAAACUACCACUAGAUUUUUUUUCUCCUUGCUCGAAAACUUGCCAGUCAGGGCUUUUCUCUAGCAAUAACAUACACUGGUAGGGACUUAACCACAGUAGAACUACUGCUAUGGUUCCAAACCAAAGUAGCAAAUAUUUUAUACUUUUUAUAUAUUAAAUAUAUUUUUGAAUAAAUUCUCAGAUACAAAUGAUAAAAGGCGCUUCGUGUGUGUGGGAAUUCCAAGUAAUUAGCUGUACCUUGAUCUUGUUUGGUAGAAAAAUCUUCUGCUUGCUCAAAUAUUGCAUUUAAGAUGUUAAAAUCCUAAUUACACGUGAUUUUUGCUUCCAAAAUGUUGUGGAAGACCACUUAUUGCUAUACAGACUUAUUUAUGAAAACAAAUGAUUUUUAUUUUAAGUAGUAUUGCUUCUUAAUUGUAAGACGUGUGCAUCUUUUAUUGAAUGAAGCUGCUGUUUUAGUCUCAA